AUGUCGCGCCCGCGGUUCGCUGUUGAACAUUGGACGAUCGGUAAGGAUCAGUUCAUUACGAGCGGCAAUCUGUUGCCUUGUCCGACACGGGUUUUCAACUAUGAAGUUUCCCUUGCAAUUUCUACAUUCGACCCUGAACACGUUGGACAUAACAUCCUCAAUCCUUCAGAAGAUGACCCUGGAGACUUCCCAGAUCCUCCGACAUGGCUCCAGAUCGGGGCCAGCGCCAAAAUUAUUCCGCCUCCGUACAGUCUUCUUCAGCAUACAUCUUGCUGUAUGGGAGUCCUUAGACGGUUGGCCCGAUGUACAGUCCUGGAUGGAGGUCGUUCAAGCGGGAUUUAUGGGGCGAUAGAUGGCCCAUUUUAUGGCUCCAGUGACGUACAUUAG